AUGGAGAAGAGCAUUCAGUACUGGGUGGAUCAUCUGCGCCUUCAGCCCCACCCCGAAGGCGGGUUCUUCGCAGAAGUGCUGCGCUCAAGCGAGAUGAUGAAAACGGACAGGGGAGAGCGCUGCUAUUACAGCAGCAUUUACUUUUUGCUGACGCACGAAAGCCCCUCACACUUUCAUCGCAUCAAGUCGGACGAGGUGUGGUACUACCAUGCGGGGGCGCCGCUGACGGUGCACAUCCUUCACCCGAGCGGCGCCCACGAGGCACUUCGGGUGGGCCCGAACCUUGAAAAGGGCGAGGUGUUGCAGGCUGUCGUGCCAAAGGGCGUCAUAUUUGGCUCCAGUGUUGAGGAGCCGGGUGCCUUUGCCGUCGUGAGCUGCAUGUGCUCCCCGGGAUUUGACUACGCCGACUUUGAGCUUUUUACAAAGGACCACCUCAUGUCCCUCCACCCGCAGCAAAAGGACAUUAUUGACAGGCUCGCCUACGACACACUCACCGCGUAG